AUGGAGUCGAAACAUAAUCACAGUAGCGACUUCGUGUGUCCCCCUGAAGGACUACUGCUGCCGAUCUUCGACGAAAGUGGUUGGAAGACCGGCACUCGAACGAUCCUCUACUUCCUCGGACUGAUGUACUCGUUCAUCGGCAUCGCGCUCGUCUCCAACGUGUUCAUUAGUUCGAUCGAGCGGAUUGCUUUCGCUACCAAGAAGGUACCGAUCAAAGACCGCGCCCAUUCGUCUGCUAUGCAGUAUAUCGAGAAGCCGAUUUGGAACCCGACCGUCGCAAACCUGACCGUCAUGGCUUUAGGCACUAGUGCUCCCGAAAUUUUACUAUCCGUCAUUGAGAUGAUCGGUAAGUAG